AACUCUAAAGUUAGCACCAUUCUCAACUUGGCUCAGAUGUUCGCCUGACAGACUGCCUACAGUGGAUAUUCACCAGGAGUAUGUCUAUGGAGUGUUUUGUGUUUUUUGGGGUCUUGACCUUCCUGUUGACGACAAACAGAGCAGAUGCUUUGGACUGUGUUUUGGAGCAGAGCUGCGUCUUACCGUGCCAUUUCCAGCAUGGUGCCGAAGUGAUCGUCCACUGGAUUCAGUUAGCUGACUCUCCAGCCCACUCCUACUACCACGGCAACGACCAGCUCAGACACCAGAAGCCUCGUUUCAGCAACAGAACCUCGCUGUUCAAGAACAAGAUCUCUAGAGGAAAUGCCUCGCUCCUACUCUCAGGGGUGAAGGUUGAGGAUGAAGGCAGAUAUAAGUGUUACACCAGCACCGUCGAUCACAAUAAAGAGAUCUUCAUCGAGCUAAAAGUAUACGCUCCGGUCCGUAAAGUGGAACUUCAUCAGGACGGAAAUACGAUCACCUGCAGCUCAGAGGGGAUCUACCCUAAGCCGGAGAUCAGCUGGUCCACGGACCCCCCGUCCAACCAGAACCUGUCGGAAAAAAUCAAAGUGCAGCAGGUUGGACAGCUUUAUAACAUCAACAGUUCUCUUACCUCAGUUCCUGAUGUGGAGUUCAAGUGCACCGUCAGCACGGGCAGAAACAAGAUGACAGCCACUUUGUUUAAACUAACUUCUCUUACUGGUUCCAGCAAAGAAACAACAAUGCACUGCACCUCUUCAAAGAGUCCUCCAACAGGCCUCACCUGGAGGUUCAACCACAGUCAGAUCAUCGUGAGUGAUGAGUCAGUGAUGGAGGAGUGGAGGCAGCAGGUGAAGAGUGCGCCUAUGUCCGGAGACCUCACACUGAAGGAUUUAUCGACAGAUCACGAUGGGAUCUACACCUGUGAGCUCCGUAAUGCUGAGGGGACAUACGUGACCAACACCUUCCUGAGAAUAGAGCAGAGUGAAGUUUCAGCUCUGACCAGUGGAGGGAUUGCAUGCAUAGUUGUUGGAGUUGUUGCCGCUUUAGCUGUUUUGGCUGCAAUCCUGGUGGUUCUCUACAAAAAAUAUGGGGCAGAAGCUAAAGUAUUGGAAAGGACCGUGAAAGGACCUGCACUUAAAAUGCAGGCAGAAGAUAAAGUCAUUGAAAAGACCGUGGACGAUGUAGACGAAAAUUCCACCCUUGAAUCAAAAACAGAUAAUGAAAGUAACAGUGGACUAACAGAAAAGGAACAACCCCUGAAAGGAACAUCAAGUCAAGUGAUAUAAAAUAAAUACUUGGAAAAGAAAGCAGCACUACAAACCACAGCUCUGGUGAAAAUGAAGAAACUGUAGCUCACCCUGAAGAGAGUGACUGAACAACAUGUUUGCACUUUAUAAGUUACACAUAAACAGAGCUGGAGAAAACUACACUGCGAAUUGAAGGAUUUAAGAGCACUUCGAUGGACUAAGAUGUCUUCCAAUAACUACGACCUUUGGAUCUUUGAUUUGGAGCCAACAUCUUUAUCGAGACUGACAAACGAGGACAAUGUGACUGAGACUCUGCUACACUUUCCCUGAGCUGCAGCUAUUAGUUUGUGAGACUUUGGCUUUUAAAGACAUGCAUGCUGCCUCUAUCUCACGUCCAUGCUUGAACAAAACGGUUAUGAAGAAGUCAUCUGUUUAUAAAAACAAGCACAAAAACAGAACUACGAUGUUUUUUAUCAUCUCAAAAUAAUUGCUGGGUUUACUAAGUUUUAAUACAUUGUGUUUUCAUUGCUGUUUUAAAGAAUAUGUGUAAUACUGAGAACUGUUUGUGUGUGUCCAUGGGGAUUAUUAAUGACUCUGUCAAAUGCUUUGUGUUGUAAAGAUUUGUUUUAUAAAAAAAUAUUUAUUGUAA